CUUCACCGUGGUGCUGCAGUGGGCGGACACCAUGCUGAGCCAGAACCAGUACAACAGCUGCACCACCUUCUCGUCCUCAUCCUCCAGCCGCUACGUCAACGCCACGGAUGUGACCUGCCUCAUUGACAGCCUCAAGCCAUCAACAGUGUGUGAGUUUGCUGUGAAGACCAUCAGGGUGAGACCACAGUGCUGGAAGCCUUCGUUCUUCUUUCAGUAAAUAUUCACUCAGUCCUGCAACACUUCUCAAGGAAAUCCUGCACAGCUGAAUCCUUGCUGUGAUGAGGCACAGAGAAAUUAUGACUCAUAGGCCUGGUGGCCUCCAACACCCUGCUGGUGGCCCGGCCGUCCUAGCCCUCCCUGGCCAGCCAUCCACCACCACCUUCACCCGGCAGCCAUCCACCACCACCUUCACCCGGCAGCCGUCCACCACCACCUUCACUCGGCAGCCGCUGCAGCGGAACAACGGGAGGAUCACAGGCUACGUGAUAUUCCUCACCACGGACCAAACUGUCAGUGACUGGGUGAUGGGGGAAGUGACGGGGGACUGGUUCACCCUUACCGUCCAUGGACUGACGCCUUCAAGGAAGUAUUUACACAAGAUGCACACUCACAGUGUCAAAGGUUUUGGUCCAUUCUCCUCCGUGGAAAGCUUCACGACUCUUCCAGCUGUUGACAAGAGCAUCGGUGAGCCCCCUGGCUGGUGGGUGGAGCAAGAGGCCUGAUUGUGCUGGUGAUCGCUGGCGUGGCAGGAGCCAUGACCAGCUGGGGGCCUUCUUGGCCACCACACUGUACUGCCGCGGGUCAAGGCGGAGCCCAGGCCAAGCAUUGUGUAAGGUGGCAGGACAGUUUCUUGUUGGUGUGUUUCAUCCCAUGACUCAUUUCAGCAAUCCUUUACACUGACUGCAGGAACUUUUUAUUCACUUUGUAAUAUGGAGAACAAGGCUGCAGGGCAUAGUCCACAAAGACUUAAGUUUGCCAAGAUUAGAGAAAGAAAAAGAAAGGUAAACUUCUUCUUAGGAAAUGUUCAAGAUGGACUUUCAUUUUGUGCUAUACAUAGUUGCAGGGUAACAAGUGACCUCUGUUUGUGAUAUCUGUGUCUCUUGGUGGAGCAGCUAACACGUGUUUCUAACUUGUGAUUGCUUGCAGUGUGCUGGCUGGGAGCUAUUUCUUUAAAUGAAUUCAAAUAUGCUUUGUUGAACUCAAACCUCAUGCCUUUAACAUCCAUCCUGUUUUGAAGAUUUCAUGUGCCCUUCCAUCUCCCUCUGGACAGCCCUGCGAGGUACAGCAGCAGCACUCAGUAGUAUUUAGCAGCUAGUAAGA